AUGGCUGAAGAGGGGAACCGUAGCCGCGGCCUCUUCCACCACCACAAAAAGGAUGAAGAUGAGAGACCUACCGGUGAUGACUAUGACUCCGGUAAUUACAGAAAAACAUCACACAAUGAUGAGUUUUCUAGUGGUGACAAUGAAUCUAGUUACAACAAAAGUACUAAUUACUCUGACGAUAACCAACCAUCUGGUGGUGGUUAUAACAAAACAUCGUAUGGUAAUGAAAACCCAGGUGGUGACUAUGAAACUGGUUACAAUAAAACAUCAUCUGAUGGCUAUGGUGGUACUGGUAGUGGAUACACUGACACCAACACAACCACCGGUGGCGGCUACGGUGGUGGCUAUGGUGACUCUGACACCAGAACAACUACCGGUGGCGGCUAUGGUGGCUCUGACACCAGAACAACUACCGGUGGUGGCUAUGGUGACUCUGACACCAGAACCGGUGGCAACUAUGGUGGUGGCUAUGGUGACUCUGAUACCAGAAAAACUACCGCUGGUGGCUACGGUGGUGGUGGUGGCUAUGGUGACUCCGACAUCAAAACAACUACUGGUGGCGGUUAUGGUGGCGGCUAUGGUGACUCUGACACCAAAACAACCACCGGUGGAGGCUAUGGUGGUGGUUAUGGUGACGAUACUAAUCGUCGUGAGGAUGAUGUUGAUUAUAGGAAGGAGGAGAAACAUCACAAGAAACUUGAGCAUGUGGGUGAGUUUGGUGCUGUAGCUGCUGGUGGUUUUGCUUUGUAUGAGAAGCAUAAGUCAGAGAAGGAUCCUGAGCGCGCUCACAGACACAAGAUCGAAGAAGAGGUUGCAGCAGCAGCUGCAGUGGGAUCUGGUGGAUUUGCCUUUCAUGAACAUCAUGAGAAAAAAGAAUCAAAGGAGGAAGAUGAAGAAUCCCAUGGAAAGAAAAAACACCAUUUCUUUGGAUGA